GUCCUAAACAGGGACAAACAAAUGAAGGCAAACAUUUGAGCACAGAGCACACCGGACUGCGCUGCGCUCUCUGUCUUUGGAACGCUCUCUCCUGGACUGCACCAUGUCUGUGCCGUCUGGCCCGGAGAUGUACUCCAAACUCAUAGACGAGGACGGACUAUACAACAACUUCAUCCCGGAGCAGAGCCGCAGAGUCUCUCCAUCUGCGGUUCAUCUGUCCUCGUCUCAGGGAGGAUCAGGCCUAAGUCCCGGUCCGAGUCCUGGUCUAAGUCCUGGCCGGGGUCCUGGUCUGUACCGAGCCUGUACUCUCGCUCUGGCUGCUCUGUGUGUGGUCCUACUCAUCUCUGUCAUUGCUGUGUCCACCCACACUCAGAAGAACCAGGCGAGCGUAGGAGAUCCAAUCCCUGAGACUGAGAAACACAAACAGGAGCUAAACGUUUCUGAGCUCCUGUCUACCAUCAACAGGCUUAAGGAGGAGAAUCAGCAGCUGUGGGCCCAGAUCAACAGCUCCAAAGCUGUUCAGCCCACCUCUCCUCCUUUCCAGUGCCCUACAGACUGGUUGCUCUUCGGAGGCAGUUGUUACCGCGUCUUCAGAGAGACGCGGAGCUGGGGUGCUGCUCAGUCCUUCUGUGAAAGUCAAGCGGCGCACCUUGCCAUCAUCCUCACUGCGGAGGAGCAGACAUUUCUAUGGAACCUUCUUCCUCGUGGGCACUGGAACUCCUUCUGGUUUGGGAUCACAGAUUCUCACACAGAGGACGUUUGGAAGUGGGUGGAUGGGACUCUGCUGGUUGGAGGGUUCUGGGAGGAGGGAGAGCCCAAUAACCACAUAGACGAGGACUGUGGAUACAUUGUGAAGACUCGGGUUCUGAGCAGAGUGGCGAUUCGCAGCUGGUACGAUGCCCCAUGUACCAUGAGUCUGCCUUUUAUCUGUGAGAAGGAGGGGCCAGGAGCAACCACCAAGAGGCCAAAUUAGAACGCAACACAGACUGCAGAACCACCCAAACGAACCACUGACCAAUCCCUCCAUCUGUGAGAAGAAGGGCCCAGGAGCAACCAUCAAGAGUUCAAGCUAACUAAACCAGCCACCUAAACCAGAGCACCACCUAAAUCUGAGCACCACCUAAACCAGAGCGCCACCUAAAUCAGAGCACCACCUAAACCAGAGCACCACCAAAAGUGAACCACCGACCAAGCCCUCGGUGAGAAGAAGGGCCCAGGAGCGACCAUCAAGAGUUCAAGCUAACUAAACCAACCACCUAAACCAGAGCACCAUCCAAAGUGAACCAGAGACCCCGCCUUCACAUUGUGUGAGAGAGAAAAAAAAUUUUUUAUAUACAUUUUAUCAGGUCCACCAUCCUUUUUCUUCUGCUUUAUCUGGGGCCGGGUCACGGAGGCAGCAGUUUCAGCAGGGAGGCCCAGACUUCCCUCUCCACACCUCCAGCUCUUUAAGGAGGAUCCCGAGGCGUUCCCAGGCCAUACCCAAGCCACUUCAGAUGGCAGUGGCUCUAUUUCGAGCUCCUCCCGUGUGACUGAGGUCCUCACCCUAUCUCUAAGGGAGCGCCCAGCGACCCUGCGGAGGAAACUAAUUUCGGCCACUUGCAUGCGUGAUCUUGUCCUUUCGGUCAUUACACAAAGCUCAUGACCAUAGGGGCAGGGAACGUAGAUUGACAGAGAGUAAAUCGAGAGCUUUGCCUUUCGACUCAGCUCCUUCUUUACCACAACAGACCAUUACAGCAACCACAUCACUGCGGAGGCUGCACCGAUCCGCCUGCCAAUCUCUCGCUCCAUCUUUCUCUCACUCGUGAACAAGACCAGAUACUUGAACUCCUUCACUUGAAGCAAGGAAUCACCACCCACAUAGAGAGGGCGCCACCUUUAUCCGGUCGAGAACCAUGGCCUCGGAUCAGUUUGCAUUGCCGACAUUAUCAGGUGAAAUCUCAAUAUUUGUUGAGUAUUUUUGUAAGAAUUUUUCCUUUUUUUUUUAUAAAUCAAUCCAAUGUUUAGGUCAACAACAAAGUGAUUUUUAUGUGGAAUAUAUAUAACACCGUACUGCUGUGUGUAAUUUUUGUUUGUAUCAAAAAUAAUUGUAAAUAAUAAAUCAGAUUUUCUAUUUUUAAAUGUGACAUGUUUUAAUCUAAUAAAAAAGUAUCUCAUCUGUCUCAGGACGUUGUGGGUUAGACUCCU